CAAGCAAUCUACGCGUAACUUUCGUUGCUCCAUCACAUCAGUUGUUAUUCUACAGCGAAAGCGAAACGUACGCAGUGUAAACAGACAAAUUUCAUUAAAAUUUAACACCAUGGAGACUAUUAAACCUUUGGAUUCACUUCUUCAGGAAGCCAUUGCGAAAUUCCGCGAGGAAUUCCAGAGUGAACCGCAGGUCGCAGCUGCCGCGCCAGGUCGAGUCAACCUAAUCGGGGAACACACCGAUUACAACGAUGGAUUCGUCCUGCCAAUGGCAUUGCCCAUGGUAACGGUAAUUGUUGGAAGUAAAAUUUCGGGCGAGGAAUCAAUCGUGGUCACCACGAAUAAGGAUGCCGAUGAGCCCAAGAAGAUUACCAUCGAAAUGCCGAACAAAAGCUCCCUGGUCUGUGUUUGUAGACCUGGUAAACCCAAAUGGGCGAAUUACAUUAAAGGCGUGAUUGCAAACUACAUCGGUGAGAAACCUUCGUUCAUGGCUGUUGUGAUGUCGAGUGUACCAACCGGUGGUGGGUUAUCCAGCAGCGCGGCUCUGGAAGUGGCAACUUAUACUUUCCUAGACGCUUUGAAUGGCGAACAGGCGUAUAGUGUCAUGCCAACUGACAAAGCUUUAGCUUGCCAGAAAGCAGAACAUGAUUACGCUGGGAUGCCUUGCGGAGUGAUGGAUCAAUUCAUCUCUAUGAUGGGCUGUAAAGAUCACGCUCUCUUAAUUGACUGCAGGACACUGGCCAGUCACCAGGUGGUACUGAAUGAUCCGGAGAUUGUGAUUCUCAUCACCAACUCCAAUGUGAAGCAUGAACUCACCGGAAGUGAAUACUCCAGUCGAAGGAAGCAAUGCGAAGAGGCAGCGCUCCUGAUUAAGAAGAUCAGCCUGAGGGACGCAACAAAAAAAGACAUUGAAUAUUUAAAAAGUAUAAACACGGAUAAAGAUGUGGUAAAGCGCGCUCGUCAUGUCGUCACCGAAAUUGAACGCACGACGCUCGCCGCGCAAGCACUGAAAGAAAAGAAUUACGUAAAGUUCGGUGAGCUGAUGAUAGAAAGCCAUCGAUCACUGAUGACUGAUUUCGAAGUUUCCUGUCCGGAAGUCGACCAAUUGGUUGAUAUUGCGCUGAAAAGCGAAGGUGUUUUAGGCAGCAGGAUGACCGGAGGUGGUUUUGGCGGUUGUACUGUUACAAUGGUGUACAAACAGUAUACAGAGAAGCUGAUUGAGAAUAUCCAGAAGGAAUAUAGUGGCAAAGCAACGUUUUAUGCUUGUCAGCCCAGUGGUGGUGCAAAAAUUAUUUCAAUUUAAACCUUUACUACUUUAAACAGCUUUUAUUUUAAUAAAACUAUACUCACCUA